UUUUUCUUUCUUUCUUUCUUUUUUCUUUUUUCCCCCUUCUCUCCUAGGGGCUACACAAUGGCAGUCUUCUCUCGCUAAGAUGAAUCCGGCUUGCCUUCUGCAGAUCCGCCCAUCCUCAGUUUCAUUUAGUAAAAGGCUAUGAUUUUCUCUUUGGGGAUCUUUUGUGCAUUACUGUUCUCCCUGGUUAGUUCUGGUCUCGGUUGGGAUUUCUUUGCUUUUUUCUGUUUGGCUUCAUGUGAAAAAGGAUUUUUUUCUCUCCAACCCUUUGGUCAUGAUCCAGUGGUGAUCAAGAGGGGAUAAAUCAUUCACCCUGGCCGAGAAAAAACAAUCGCUGAGAAGUCUCAAAGAGAUAUACCACGUGAGGGGAAAAAACUGGGAGAAGAUCCGGAAUAUUAACGUUUUUCCUAUGGUAAAACCGGUGCCCCUCUUCAGGAGAACUGAUUUCAAGUUAUUAUUAUGCAACCACAAGGGCCUCUUCUUUCUCAGGGUGUCUAAGCUGCUGGGUUGCUUUUCGCCCAAAUCAAUGUGGUUUCUUUGGAACAUUUUCAGCAAAGGAACGCAUAUGCUGCAGUGUCUUUGUGGCAAGAGUCUUAAGAAAAACAAGAACCCAACUGAUCCCCAGCUCAAGGGCAUAGUGACCAGGUUAUAUUGCAGGCAAGGCUACUACUUGCAGAUGCACCCCGAUGGAGCUCUCGAUGGAACUAAGGAUGACAGCACCAAUUCCACACUGUUCAACCUCAUCCCAGUGGGACUGCGCGUUGUUGCUAUCCAGGGAGUGAAGACAGGGUUGUACAUAGCGAUGAAUGGAGAAGGUUACCUCUACCCAUCAGAACUUUUUACCCCUGAAUGCAAGUUUAAAGAGUCUGUUUUUGAAAACUAUUAUGUAAUCUACUCAUCCAUGCUGUACAGGCAACAGGAAUCUGGCAGAGCCUGGUUUUUGGGAUUAAAUAAGGAAGGGCAAGUUAUGAAAGGAAACAGAGUAAAGAAAACCAAACCAGCAGCUCAUUUUCUACCCAAGCCAUUGGAAGUUGCCAUGUACCGAGAACCAUCUUUGCAUGAUGUUGGUGAAACAGUCCCGAAAGCUGGGGUGACGCCAAGCAAAAGUACAAGUGCAUCUGCAAUAAUGAAUGGAGGCAAACCAGUCAACAAGUGCAAGACCACAUAGCCAGAUCCUCAGGUGUCCUGACUUAUUUGUCCCGAGCACAGUGGAGCGAUUUAUCCUUGCUAGACAUUCCUGCUCCGGAAAAGCCCCAGCAAGCAAGCUGAUGCUUGUCCUAUGCUGUCUCAGACCUCCUUUGUUGCAAGUGGAUAAAUCUCAACCUGUGGUCCCCCUGCACCAAGAAGACACCUGGACAAACCAGCUAAACUCAGACCAUGGAAUGCCCUACCAGAUAUGGAAUGCCUUUUUAAUAUCUUUUCUGUGACUGUGACACUUCAUGUGAAUGACAUACUUCACAAGUACACUCAAUACCUUGCCUGCUGACAGCUACCCAUAAUCCUUUUUGAGUCCUGUUUCAACGAAAUCCAUGUGUUUAAGUUCAAUUUUGUAGCACACAAAUAAUAUUGAGUAAUUUCUAGUUAGAUGCUGUAAACCUGUGCUAUCAUGGAUUUCUCUUCUUUCCAUUUUUACAGGGCUGCUCGCUCCACUGUCUGUGACCUUUAGCAGGGAUUGUGUUCCUCUGAAUUUUCAAUGUUGCAGUUGGUUUGCUUAGGAGAACAAUUAGGGAAUCAGGAAGCCUUCUAAACUUAUUACUACAAAUAGUAUCUAUAAAGAUUAAGAUUGUUGUCUUUGGCUCACAUUAUCGAUUAAACACACAUAUAUGCUCUGUCUAGUAGGAGACGCUGUGCUCCCGAGGUAGGCAUUGGCUGGGUGGAACAAGGCUCAAACACAAUCUGUGGAAAGCGCUCUAUGAUAGGUGUUUGGCAUUCCCUCUUAGUUUCUUUAUGUGUGUGUGUUUUAUACAUAUCACAAGCUUACUGGUAAUGGUAACAUUUGCCUUGCCCAGCGAGCAAGACCCACUUAGUUUUUGAGAAAGUGGGUCCAAAGAAUUCAGUAGGCCUUGUAGGCCUGAUUAAGGUUCAUUUUAUUUUCGAUUAAUCAUCAUUGGGAAAAAAGGAAUAAAAACCCAAAUCAUUACAACCUAUAAGAAAUAUGCUACCUAAAACCAUAUUUGGCCCACUCCUUCCUGUUUUUAAUGAAGAUAACUCAGUGCCACACCUGAUUUGGGCUGCAUUCCAGUUAUUCUCAACCUCAGCCAAGCAUGGGCAAGGCGGCUGUUGUGUUCUUUCCUGCAGCAGCAAUGCACACGUUAGUAUAAAUUAGACUUUAACAUUUUUGGUAUUUAAUGACAAGUUUUAAAACUGGAAAUAUUGGGGGUUUUGUUUGCUUCUUUGUUUUGGAUUUGAUUUGUUUGUUUUUAUUUUCUUUGUUUUGGUUUUAGCUCAUCAUGGGGCCUAGUAUCCUAGAUGUCAUCAGUAUAUACCUCUAACUGAGCUCUGUGAGGCCCAAAAUGGUGGGUUAGAGAUGACUUGUCAAGAUUUCAGAAUAUGGUUUGUUGAGUACCCUAAAUGAAACUAAAGACAACCCAACACACUCCAGCAUUAGAGGUUUGGGCCAUUUGAUUUAUUUAAUUGUUUUAUUGCUUUAAUUUUAUUUUGAAUUGAAUUCUGUAGAACUCCAAGUUUAGGGAUACUUAAAAAGAAUGUGAAUUGCUGGAGAUACACCUUGAAGAUUUCAUGCAAAGUGUUCAAUAUCAGAUAUAGAAAGCUUCAAAAUGUUUAGUACUAAAUUGUUUGGAAAAAUAUUUGUUAACUGUAUGUACACUUAAUAGAAUACCAUGUUUUCUUCUCAGAAGAGUUCAUUGAGACCAAACUGAACCUCUUUUAUAGAAAACAGUUGAUGUGGGAUCAAUGUACUGGCCUCUUGUUAUUAUUUCCACGUGGCAGGAUGACCCACUUGUCACUGCCCCCAUCUGCACUGUACUUACUGGGAAAUUAUUUUCUCAUUGCUUUCAUGAAUCUCCUUGACAGCCUUUGCCCAGCAUAGAAAAAUUUUGGCUUGCUUAGCUAAUUAAAAAUUCAGUAUAAA